GUGCUGGGCGGCGGCGCGUGGGGCACGGCGCUGGCGCUGCACGCGGCGCGCAUGGGCCAUGGUGUGCUGCUGUGGGCGCUGGAGGAGCGGGUGGCGCGCCAGAUCAACGAGGAGCACGAGAACAAGACCUUCCUGCCGGGCUUCCCGCUGCCCGAGUCGCUGCGCGCCUCCAACGACAUCAAGCAGGUGGCGGCGCAUGGCGAGAUCCUGCUCCUCGUCAUUCCCACACCCUUUGUGGAGCGCAUGGUCAGCCAGGUUGUGGAUGCUGUGCGGGGGGAUGCCAUCCUGGUCAGCUGCACCAAGGGCAUCCUCAACGACACCCUGGAGACGCCCAACCACAUCCUGAAGCGCGUGCUGCCCCCGCACCUGCACAGCAGGCUGGCCUACCUGAGCGGCCCUUCAUUUGCGGCGGAAGUGGCCAAGGAGAACCCCACCGCCGUCACCAUUGCCAGCGAGGAUGACGCGGUGGCGCAGCGCGUGCAGGAGCUGAUGUCUUCCCCACGCUUCCGCUGCUACCGCACCCACGACGUGACGGGGGUGGAGCUGGGCGGCGCGCUGAAGAACGUGCUGGCCAUUGCCUGUGGCAUCAGCGACGGGCUUGGCUUUGGCUCCAACGGGCGUGCCGCGCUCAUCACGCGCGGCCUCGACGAAAUUACGCGCCUGGCAGUUGGGUCUGGCGCCAGCCCGCUGACGCUGGCGGGGCUGGCGGGUGUGGGCGACAUUGUGCUGACGUGCACGGGGGACCUAUCUCGCAACCGCACCGUGGGUGUGCGGCUGGGCAAGGGGGAGAAGCUGGAGGACAUCACAGCCACCAUGAAGGGCGCGGUGGCGGAGGGUGUGCUGACGUCACGCAGCGCGCACCACCUGGCGCAGAAGCAGGGCAUCGAGUGCCCCGUCAUCACGGGCAUUUACAGGGUGAUCCACGAGGGCGCAGACCCUGUGGAGGUGGUGACCCAGAACAUGAGCCGCCCGCUGAAGCCAGAGGUCAAUCCGCUGGUGGCGGAGGCGGCGCACCACUCCGAGGUGCCGCCGCGGGAGACCCCCACCAGCAAGCCGGGCUGCGUCAUUGGCUGCUGAGGUGGCGCAGCACUAGUUGCGUCGCUGGAUCGAACGAAGCAGCUGUCGGCCUUUUUUUGUGCAUCGGUAUGGUAUGGCAACUGCCGCGUCGUCGGAUGCGGCACCCGGCAUUUCUGCACGCUCUGUACAUUUUGUUUUUUCUUGGAGUGACUCCCCUUUACC